AUGUUCGUCAUAGUCGGGAGAGAUCCUGAUCGAAGUUAUUCAAUAUUAUUAUGUUUAGGCGAAAUAUUUGGUUUGUUAAGUAUUAUAUUAGCUGGUUUAUUAUUUGAUAGACGAGUCUCUUCUGAUGUUUAUAAUUGGAAAACAAAUCCAUUUAGUUAUCAUCCAUUAAUGAUGACAAUUGGUUUAUUAUUUUGUUAUGGAAAUGCUAUUCUUUUAUAUCGAACAUUUAAACAAAUACCAAAAUUAAUGGUAAAGAUAUUCCAUGCUUGUUUUUUGAUAAUAUCAUUAACUUUGGGUACAUUUGGAUUGGCUGCUAUUAUUCGAAGUAAAAUUAUUACUAACCGACCACAUUUUAUGACUUUUCAUUCAUGGAUUGGAAUAGCAACAAUAGGUUUAUUUGUCUUUCAAUGGAUUUGUGGUUUUAUUAGCUAUUUAUUUCCCAAAUUAAGUUUAGAUAUUCGAAAAGGAUAUAUGCCUACUCAUCGUCUUUGGGGAAAAAUUAUAUUUUUAUCUUCUGUUGCAUCUAUUUUAACAGGAUUAUCUGAACAUGGAAUGACUUCAUCAUUUUUUACGAUGAAUGAUAUCCAACAAUCGAGACGUUUGAUUAUAAUUUUUUUUGGUAUAUUUACAAGUUUAUUUAGUUUGAUUGUUAUUUAUUUACUUUCAAAUUCUGAUUAUCAACGACCAUCAGAUCAAACUGAUGAAAAAUCAGUACCAAAUCCUUGA